AUGAGUUCCUCUAUUCAACCAAUCAAUCACCUGUUGGAAUUGGUUGCUUCUUCCGUUCCAGUCAUCACUUCUACCAUCACUACGAAUCGCAAAAUCGCUCCAGCAUUGUCGCUUGUGAAUAACAAUUUUUACCACAAGAACAUCUCCCAUGAUCAGAGGAUACUAACCAUUCAUGAAGCACUUCAUAAGUCCGGGAUAUUGUUCUUGGUUAGUGUCUAUUGCUUUCUUCGCAACUUGAAUGAACUGAAACAACCAACGGGGGAGAAAGUCGACCUUUUUGCGUCGUUCUAUUUGGAGCAAUUUACCAUGCUUCCAUUUACUGGGGAGUUAGAGCUUACUAAAGAUGAAUUUGAAGUGGUAGUUAACUUAUUUGAUGAUUUUUAUAUCGACUACAGCUUCAUCACUUUGAGUCAGAUGAGUGUCAAAAAUAAGGGCAAGUUGCAGCAGGGGAUUGCAGAUUGGUUUAAAGCAAGAGGCAUAGUCAUGGAGUCCAAUAAGGAAUUUUCAAGGGAAGUCCUUAGUGCCGCGUUGAAUGAUUGGUAUCUGCAUUUGCAGAGAUAA